AUGUCUCAGCCAGCGGCCAAGGCCUCGGCAACAGCUGCGGUGAACCCAGGGUCUGAUGGGAAGGGAUCAGCCCCGGGCUCCGGCUCCGCCCAGGCCCCAGCCCAGCGGGUGCCCGCUGCCAAAGGGGACCUGGCUCCCGGGAGCUACAAGCUGGUGGUCUUUGAGCAGGAGAACUUCCAGGGCCGGCGGGUGGAAUUCUCCGGGGAGUGCUUGAACCUGGGAGACCGCGGCUUUGACCGAGUGCGCAGCCUCAUUGUCAUCUCAGGACCCUGGGUUGCCUUUGAGCAAUCCAACUUCCGGGGGGAGAUGUUCAUCCUGGAGAAGGGCGAGUACCCGCGAUGGGACACGUGGUCCAGCAGCUACCGCAGCGACCGGCUCAUGUCCUUCCGGCCCAUCAGGAUGGACGCCCAGGAGCACAAGCUCUGCCUGUUUGAAGGUGCCAACUUCAAGGGCAACACCAUGGAGAUCCAGGAGGACGAUGUGCCCAGUCUCUGGGUCUACGGCUUCUGUGACCGCGUGGGCAGCGUAAAGGUCGCCAGCGGAACCUGGGUCGGCUAUCAGUAUCCUGGCUACCGCGGGUACCAGUACCUCCUGGAGCCUGGUGACUUCCAGCACUGGAAUGAGUGGGGAGCCUUCCAGCCACAGAUGCAGGCUGUGCGCCGCCUGCGUGACAGACAGUGGCACCGUGAAGGCUGCUUCCCCGUGCUGGCUGCUGAGCCCCCCAAGUGA